AUGGUUGAAGUUCCGGCAAAAAAAAUUAAACUAAGCCACGACAAUUCUGGAAAAAGAACUGUAGCUACAAUGUGCGGUGCUUGGAGACCAGAAGAAGACGAAGGGGGACUGAAUUUAGUUCUAAAGAUGCGGCUACCGUGCUUAAGUCCGGAUCCAGAGAGACAGUGCGAUUUUCCGGAGAAUAUUGAAGAUUUUUGGCUGGCGACCUUCCAAAGCGACGAUGACGAACAGGUGAAUAUU